GUGUGACUGUGUCUUGUCUGCUUUACCCUUGUCUCCCUUCCAGUCCUCCUCCAAGAAAGGAAUCAUGGACGCCGCCGCCGCCGCCACGGCCGCCGGCGACGAAGAGCAGGACCAGGCGCGGUUAGACGCCAUCGCCGACGGCCUACAGACCCGAGACGCGAUGCGGCUGUACAACUGGCUCUCGCACCGCUGCUUCUCCGACUGCGUCGUCUCCUUCUACCGCCGGGCGCUCGGCAGGCGCGAGGAGGAGUGCGUCCGCUCCUGUGUCCGCAAGUACCUCCUCCUCUCCGCCACCACCGCCGCGCGCUUCCCCCACCUCGCCGACGACUCCUCCUCGUCGGCAGCAUUCGACGAUUGAUUGAUCGGUUGAUUUGAUCCACCCGUGCGCUCUUCCCGACAGUUACUUCUUUUGCUUCACUUCUUCUGUCAGUGUAGCUUAGUUUUUACUUUACUUGCCUUAUGAUGAUCCAUGGAAAGGAAACACAACGCCGUAAGACUCACUCACGAGAGUAGCAGGUAUUAGGAAGGAACUGCAAGGCCAGGAGUGAUUUGUAGUUUUGUACUCCCGCACAGCAGAUUUGGAAUUUUGAUGAAUGGAUGGAUGAAUGCAUGAAUUCUUCAUGUCCUGGUGUUUCCUUUCUGAAUGAAUAAUGAGUAUUACCUUGAUAUGAAUAUGUGAAAAGGUUCUUACUGUA